UUGCUGGAAGUGAAGAUAUUUAUGAUCCUUCAUAUGAAUGUGGUGAAAAAACUAUGGCUGCUGCAGGUGUUCUCAAGAAAAUAACUACCUUAAUUCUUAGUUUGGAAAGUACACCGGAAAUUUUAUCUCAAUUAGAGAAUAUAUUAUUACCUAUUAUCACAUUUAC